AUGAAUAUCGUACACGUCCCCAAGAAGACUCCGGUCUCACCAGAUACCCCCUCCUUCGGAAUCGAAUUCGAAUUCCUCAUCGCGGUUCUCGCUCAACCCUCCAUCGAAAACCCCAACCCCUCCGAUCCGCGAACCGUCUACUUCCCCCCCACCCCGGAAGAUAACGCCCCAGCCUACUUCCAAAUCCCCGUCGGAAAAGAAGACUGGGCCAACGAAUGGUCCAUCUACGCACACAUCAAACGCAGUCUCGCCUCCAUUGGUCUCCCCACCGAACCCGAAAAGGCCAAUUCCAAUUUCGCCAUGUGGGAAGUCACUAGAGACGGCUCCAUCCAGCCUCCCAAACCCCCUCGCCGUCGCAACAAAAAAGCCUACGCCGAUUGGCAAGCUUACACCUAUUACCCCAUCGAAAUCCGCACUCCCGCAUACUACUACUGCGAAGAUGCGCUCCGAGACGUCGCCGAUUUCUGUAAAAUCAUGCGCAGAAAUUACCUCGUCACCGUCAACGAAUCAUGCGGUCUCCACGUCCACGUCGGCUACGGAACUCAGGGAUUUACUCUCCCGCAUCUUCGUCGUCUGGCCGCUAUGAUCCAAGCCUUCGAACCGCAAUUCGAUUCCAUUCAUCCUGAACAUCGCAUCGAUUCCCGUAACGAUUAUUGUGUUUCUUUCCGCGGAAACACGUAUUUCCAGUGGAAAUACCAGCAGGAUCAUGGAAGAUCCCCGCGCGUACUCGAAACCAUCGCGACGCUGCUAGCGUGCGAAAGCAGAGAUGCUUUUCGCACGUGUGUAGCGAGUGAGGGGGCCGCAGGUGCGUAUUCGUUUGUGGGACAUAAAAUGGCGUGGAAUUUUGAUCGGAUGGGGACGGAGACGCGACCGCACGAGAAGUGUUUACCGGAUACGGUUGAGUUUCGGGGACACGAGGCGUCGUUGGAUGCGGAGGUGGUGGGGAAUUGGGUGAAGGUUUUGGUGAGGUUGGUCGAGUACUCGAGGAGUCCUGAACCUUGGGGGUUUGGGGAGUUGCUUUCGAGAGCUAAGGAGGAGAAGUGGGAGAGAGGGGAGAGGAAUCAGAGGAUUGCGGGGAGCGGCAGAUAUGAACCCGGUGGGGUUAUGUAUAGACCUGUUUUUGGAGAGGAGUGGUGCCGCUUGGUUGAUUUACUUCGAGUUUUGAAACUAGAGGGUCCGGCUCUGUACUAUGAGCAAAGAAAAGGUAGGUGGUUGGAAAAUGGAGUUUAUAAUCAUUGGUAUACGCAGGCUCCGAGCGAGUAUGUUGUUAUACUUGUUGAUGAGGAUCAUGAUGAUAAUGAUAAUGAUAAUGGAGAAGAUGACAAGUCUUCACCUUCAUCAAAAACAUCUUCGGGUUCGAAAUCCGGUCGUUUCGAUCCUUUUAGUCCUAAUCCUAUUACUCCUGCGAAACCGGAUGAGAAUCCUGGCGAGAAGAAACCGGAAGGUGAGGUAACAACACCGGUUGAUCUAUCACAAUUCGGCAUCGAUGUCGGAUUUUCCGAUCCUUCUUCUUCCCCUUCAACAAAGGUAAGUCACCCCCACCCCCAACCUCAACCCUCAUCGGCGAAACCAUCUAGCGAAAAAUCCGAUUCUUCCGAUUCUUUUCCUAUGCGUCCAGACGCUGGAGUAGCUAUCGAGGUACAUCCCGCCGCUUCUGAUAUUUCUUCCGAGAAACCAGAUGUUGCGGAGCCAGAUACAAAUACCUCGGAACCUAAACCUACUCCCACCCCACGCACCGGGUUCCAAGUUCCUUCUGAUUCUUCCUCUUCAACUACUGAUUCUAGCACCGAAUCAGUUUCCCUCACUCUAUCUCACUAUGAACGCGAAGCCGUCAAGGCUCGCGCGGUUAUGGCGAAAUAUUGGGAGGAAGAACGGAAGAGAGAGAAGGAAGAGGCGGAGAAGAAGUCAGAGGAGAGAAAGAGAGCAGUUGAGGAGAAGACAGAAAAAAAUAGAAAAAAGAGUAGCAUGGAUAUCGGAAGCGAGAGAGCCACGAGCGAAAGAAGCGCAGGCUCAACACCCGAUUUUGAGGACUUGGGGGCGCAGGAAGAAGAAGUAUGGGAGCCACAGGGAUGGAGAGGUGUAGAGGGAGAAGAGGUAAGCGAAGAGACGAAAAUCUUCGAAGAAGAAAAGAGACGCGCCGAAGAGCAAGAACGUCGGGAAGAAAGCAUCCGUAAUCUCAGACCCGGGAUCGGGUAUCUAAGACCGGUUCGUCAUCCCCCUCUCCGUACUCUCCCCGGCCCUAUAAAAUUCACCAAACGCAAUAAGAACCAACACUCGCAUCUUCUUCAAGGCACCACUCGUGCCGAAAUCGAAGCCCUCGCCCCCAACACAUCCAACUUCCUCGGACGACCCUUCCACCGCGCCUUUCGCGCACCCUCCACCCCCUGGCUCGAACACGCGCCCUCAGGCGCCGGCAUGGAUCCCAAGCGCAACCCGUACCCGGGCCCCAGCCCCUUCAUGAACGAAUACUUCGCCGCCGGUCUCGAAGACGCCCUCACCAGCACCCUCGGUGAGCCCUGGACCUGGGACCACGGUCUCCGGACCCGCUCCGCAGGCCUCGCACACAUGCUGCGCGGCCACCAACUCUACGAAGUCUCGCCCACUAUCAAAAAGCGUCUCUUGGGGUACAAUUUCCUUCUCGAACAUCACACUCGUGGGAAGAAACUCCAUGGACUUUUUCCCGCGCGCGCACAUAAUGUCGAGGGAUUCGAAGCGGCCGAGGAUCGCUGGUGGCGCGGACAAAUCGCCGAAGGGGAGAUUGUGAAACUGGAACGUCAAGCGGCGAAUUCCAAUGAGGAUGUUGCGCUGACUGCGCUGGAAACGCUGGAGGCGUGGAGCAUAGGUGAUCGUCAGUAUCUCUACGAACCUGAGGGUGUACAGAAUCCGUUUGCUGCGGGUCCGAGAACACAGGCCCAGGCCGAGGAGGAUAUUAGUCCUGGAGCGGUGGUUUUUGGUCCGGAGACGGACCCGAAUGCGCCGAUGGUGCCGAGAGAUCCGAGGGUUGAGGAGAGAAGGGGGUUUAGGGAUAUAUUCUUGGCGGAUCUGAGAGCGAGGAAGGAAAUGGAGGAUCAGGAGGAUAGGGAGCUGGAGGAGGAAAUGGCACGUGUAGAAGCGGAGAAGAAGAGGAGGAUGGAAUUUGGUAUUGCGCUGAUUUUGAAGGCGAGAGCUGAGGCUGCGGAGAAGGAGAAGAAGAAGAAUGAGGAGGAAGAGGAAGAGGAAGAGGAAGAGGAAGAGAAAGAGAAAAAUACAACUGGAGCGGCGCCGGCACCGGAUAAUAGUUGGGACAGGGGUGAUGAGGGGGGUUUGGGACGGUUUAGAGAGUAG